GUAGACUUUAUUGAUACAUAAUCCGACAAUAUGGCUGAUCAGAGCAACAUCCAGUCGGCCGCCUCCAAGAGUAUCCGGCCUUUUAAAUCCAGUGAAGAAUACCUGUACGCCAUGAAGGAGGACCUGGCUGAAUGGCUCAACACCCUGUACGACCUAGAUAUCACUGCAGACACCUUCAUGGAUGGGCUGGAGUCGGGCUGUGCCCUCUGUCGGCACGCCAACAACGUGAACCGCGCCGCCCAGGACUUCCAGCUGGAAUACCCGGGAGCUGCACAGUCCAUGAAAGUGCCAUCCAAAGAUGUUGUCUUUCAGUCACGCAAUGUUGUCGCCGGUUCGUUUGUGGCGCGGGAUAAUGUGUCCAAUUUCAUCACCUGGUGCAGGCAGGAGCUCUGGAUCAAGGACGUCCUCAUGUUUGAGACCAACGACUUGGUGGAGAGAUGCAACGAAAAGAAUUUUGUUCUGUGUCUCCUUGAGGUGGCGCGUCGUGGCUCCAAGUUUGGCAUGUUGGCCCCCAUGCUGAUCCAGUUGGAGGAGGAAAUCGAAGAGGAGAUCCGGGACCAGGGGAGCCUGCAAAUCGAUGCAGGGCAGCCAGUCGAGCAGAGCCCACCGAGCAGGUGUUUCAGUCGGAAGGAGAGCAUUCACAGUGUGGAGGAUGAAGCUGAUCCGGAGCCUUACUGGCAGCCGAAGAGAGUUUUAUGUGACAUGCGAAAUUUGGAUGAGUUGGUGCGUGAGAUUCUGGGCCGGUGUUCCUGUCCAGCUCAGUUUCCUAUGAUCAAGGUGUCAGAGGGGAAGUACAAAGUCGGGGACUCCAGCGCAUUGAUCUUCAUCAGGGUCCUUCGUACUCAUGUGAUGGUACGUGUUGGAGGGGGCUGGGACACAUUAGAGCACUAUUUGGACAAGCAUGACCCAUGUCGCUGUGCUGCUUUUGCCCACCGCUACCACCAGGCUAAAGCCAGUGGCCAAGGUCAGGGAGGCCAGAGCAAGUCCUCGAGUGCCCACUCAUCCCGCUCUACUAGCCCAGGUCCACACUGGCGAAAUGAAGGCAUCGCACCUUACAAACCUCCUGACAGGCGAUCCCUGGAGCCCCCCUCUGCUCCAUGUGUAUCUUCUUCUUCCACACGGACGGGCCGCUCUCAGAACCCUUCUGUCCCCACUGAGGUCGAUUCCAAUGCAGCACGUACUCUACUCCCACGGCCGCCACGAGACCGCUCAGAACCCCGCCACUUUAAUCCUCUCAGGAAUAAGGAGACAAUGUUGACAAGACGUCUGUCUGGAGACAGUGACUCCUCUACAGCCUCCUCUAAGGGAGGAGGGGGACGGUACUCUCAUGGUGGUACUUCACGCCACUCCGGUGAAGAGGUCAUCCUACUUGUCAAUCGCAAGGAAGGCAAGCAUAUAAUAGAGAGGCCUGGAGCUGGAAAUCAGACGCCAUCCAUGCGUCCCACACUUCCCCGUGCACGCAGCCAGUCUCGGGAACGUCCCUCACUUGCUCCAAUGCUCAAACCUAACCCACCACAAGGAUCCCCUGAUGGAGCACGGACCCCCCGCACAGAGAGGGGCCGCUCCCUUGGAAAUGAAGGCCCAAGAAGACUUCAUGCUCCACGUUCCCACAGCCAGAGUAAGUUACAGAACCGUACUCGGUCCAGCAAUGCCAGCCCGGGGCCUGCUUCCUGCUACAGAGACCCUCAGCCUCCACCAUCAGACAGACACUCUCAGGAUUCUCGGGCCAAACAACUGCCCCCAUCCUCCCCUAGAGUGAGUGGUGGGUUCACCAAGAGGCAGUCAUCUUCAUGUGCCAACUCACCUAUUAAAGGAAUCCAAACCAACAACAGCAGCCCCAGUAAGAAGACCAUAACUACUCCCAGACCCCCUGCCCCCCGCUCACCAUCCAUAGGGAAAGGCAGGCUGCUGCCCCCAGUCACCUCUGGAGGUCGACGUUCUCCACACUCAUCUCCCCGUAAUGCUCAUCAUCACCCUACCCGCUCUCCUCGAACAUCACAUGGCCCUCGUUCUACUGGGCGAGGCCAUCAUAGGAACUGGUCUGGUGUGGAGUGCCAGGAGCUGGAGGAGGAAGGAGUAGGCUGUGGCUUCCAAAUGCUGCCAACACUAGACCCCCAGAGGGAGCAGGACCUGUAUCGCAGCUUUGAGGCUGAAUUCCUUGCUAAUACACAGCAGGCUAAAGGAGUGUCUAGUAGAGCCCCUGGAGGAGUGACCCUGCAAGGAGCUGGAACACAUCCAGUGCCAGCACCCACUGAUCCUAAUGUCACUGACUCUGCUUAUUCCUCCUCUAACUCCUCCACCUCCUCCCUGACCGUAGGGGCGAAGAUAGGAACUCUUCCUGAGCUCAGGGAAUCCAAGAGAACUAAUCCUCGUCACUUCUCAAUGGAGGACCCCUUGAAUUUACUUUAUGGACACAACUUUGGAGGACCACACAACUUUGGUCAAGGAGAACCUGAACACUGGGGGGAUCGUGGAGGGGGUCUCAAGAAGCUCCCAGCCAUCUCUAGCUCCAUGGAGGAGAGGGAACAUCUUUCUUCACUUUCUGGUCUUGGAGACUCUGAGUCAAACAGACUGAUGAAUCAGGUCCCUUCACAACCUGCUUUCCACUGUAGGAAUAUGAAUGGAGACCAUGGGGGUUGCCCUCCUACAGGGUUGCUUACAGGCCAACAGGGUCAGCUUGGCUGGGGCACAGGGCAUGAAGGUGAUGUUCCUCUGGAGAAUCACCAGCCAAACUUACCAUAUGACUUGGAAAAUGAUGACCUCCCACCCCCAGAUGCUUGUCCGUCACCUAUCCCCCUUCCCCCCUCUGAGGACUGCUCCUUCCAGGAUUCCUCUAGUGAAAACUCUUCAAUGUGCUUCAGUCUGAGCGAAUCCCGCUCUGACUCCCCCCCACCAUCUUCAUCCCUGGCCAACGGGGACGCAGAUGGAGAAGUGCUGCAGACUAAGAAAGGGCAAAAGAAGACUGACAGGGUAAACGCUAUCUCUAAGCACAAACUGAGAUCCAGGAUCAGGCCUCGUAUGGACAACAGACCAGAAAACAGCCCCUCACGCAUCCCCACCCCGGUCAGCUAUAGAGAUCUGCAGGCUAAUGACACCCUUUCACCCUGCCACACCCCACCGCUGUCCCCUCAGAACUCCCGUUCUACUGGUCGCCCAGCCACAUGCAAAAGCCUGCACCAGGCCUUCGCAGAUAUGAUUCAUCCUCAACCACGUUCUCCAGCCAUGGGCAACAAAGAUUGCACCUUCCCUGGACAGCCAGGGAGCUUGGACACUGAAGCUUGGAUGUAG